AAUCACAGUCGACGUUGUUCGGAGGUCGUUUAUUGACAAGAGGAGAAGGUGACUCCUCGACCGACAGCUUUAAUUCGUACAAACGUUUUGGUCAAAGUAGCUGAGCAACAAUGUCAUCGUUUGGGAGGGCGCUGGGGAUCAUUCGAACCGGGACCCAGUUGUUUAGAGGCGGUCCACAACGAAUUACGACCAGAAAGGCUAGCGGAGGGCUGCACGAUGAGCUCCAGUACAGACAGCCUCCCCAGAUCACCAAGAGCCAGAAAUUCAAAUCAGAGUUCCUCGGUGGUCUUAUGUGGUUUUGGAUCCUGUGGCACUUCUGGCACAAUCCUGAUGCAGUACUGGGUCACUUCCCCUGGCCUAAUGCUUCUGAAUGGACAGAUGAGGAGCUUGGGAUUCCACCAGAUGAUGAGGAAUAAGGUGAUGCAAGUUUUAUUUUACCACAGUUAUCAUAGCUACACUUAACUCCCUUUUUUGUUUUUAGAUGAGCAACAAAGAGUUCAAGCUACUGGAUGAGCCUUUGUGUUAAUCUUCAGGAUAUUCUAAAAGUCAUUGUUGUACAUAGACAAAUAAAAACCUUUAAGUAACACAA